GGACUUGUAUGUUGAAACGACGUGACGCUCGUGUCGGUGAUGAUGUAAUUAGCGCCGACUUCACGUUUUGAAGAUGGCAGCCGCCGUAAACACACCGACACCUGAGAUCGGUACAACGAACCAGACUGAUGAUGGAUAUGAUAAAAAAUGCAUUUUCUGUAAAAUCUUGAAGGGAGAAAUGGGAACUGAGCUCCUGCAUAACGAUGAAACUGUGUCCUGUUUCAGAGAUAUCCACGCUGGAGCUCCUCAUCACUAUCUGGUCGUACCAAGUAAACAUGUGGGCAAUUGUAAAUCUCUCGGCAAAGAGCAUGUACCAUUAGUGGAGCAGUUGGUGGAGACGGGGAAAGAGAUACUUCAGAAGAACGAUGUGACUGAUUUAAAUGAUGUUAGGUUUGGGUUCCAUUGGCCUCCAUUCUGUUCUGUCACACAUCUGCAUCUCCAUGUUCUCGCACCCGUCAGUCAGAUGGGCUUCAUGUCCCGCUUGAUCUACAGGCUAAACUCGUAUUGGUUCGUAACGGCCGACCAGUUACUCCAAAGGCUGAACUCUAUGAGCUAAAUGUACAGGAAGUUCGAGGAACUCAAAAUACAUUAAUGUUGAAGAUGUCCUAGUCAAUAUGUUUGUGAUGACAAAAGGUCACGGACAUGUGCCUCAGGGUUGUAAUAACUCAUAAUGCUGUGUUUUCUGUUAGUUAUAUCGUCAGCCAGACGGGCUAAUCAAAUUUGAAGCUACAAAACUGCAGCUACUUUUCAAUUGCUUUGGGGGGGGGGAAGCAUGC